AGGCAACCACAAUUUCAACAAAAUUAUCUGGCAUCUUCUACCGGAACUAAUUUUCUGCCCUAAUUACAGAUUUUUGAACGUUCGCACUGUAGUUAGCAAAGUAAUCGAAUCCUUACAAUGCAGAUGAAAUUUCAGUGAAACUAAAGCAGAGUGCCAGGGUUGGAGCAUUUUGCAGAACUUCUCUCAGCCAUUGUUAAAAUGAACGUGGAGUGUCAAAACAAGAAGAAAGAGUAUGCUGCUGAUUUUUCCUCCAUAAAGGAGGCCCGGAUACGUAUUCAGCCUUUCAUCCAUCAAACCCCAGUUUUGUCUUCUGAGACUAUUAAUGCUGCUUCAGGAAAACAGCUUUUCUUCAAAUGUGAAUGUUUCCAGAAGGGUGGAGCUUUUAAAUUUAGAGGUGCCUACAAUGCUAUAUGUUCACUUGAUGAGGACCAGGCUGCUAAAGGAGUUGUGACACAUAGCAGUGGCAACCAUGCUGCAGCUUUGUCUUUGGCUGCAAAACUGCGAGGAAUUCCUGCAUAUAUAGUUAUACCAGAAAGUGCUCCAAAAUGUAAAGUUGAAAAUGUGAUACGUUAUGGUGGUCAGGUUAUUUGGAGCAAAGACACAAUACAGUCAAGGGAAUCGGUUGCCGCGAAGGUUAUGCAAGAAACUGGUGCACUUCUCAUACACCCAUAUAACGAUGGGCGCAUAAUAAGCGGGCAAGGUACCAUCUCGUUGGAGCUUCUGGAACAAGUCCCACAAUUAGACACUUUAAUUGUUCCCAUAAGUGGUGGUGGUUUGAUAUCAGGAAUUUCAGUGGCUGCAAAAACCAUCAAUCCUGCCAUCCGGAUUUUUGCUGCAGAACCUAAGGGAGCUAAUGAUGCAGCCAUGUCAAAAGCAGCUGGUAAGAUAGUAACACUGGCAGAGACAACCACAAUAGCCGAUGGUCUUCGAGCUUUUCUCGGCGACCUUACUUGGCCAAUAGUAAGAGAUUUGGUGGAUGAUGUAAUAACUGUGGAGGACACUGAGAUAGUUGAAGCAAUGAGACUUUGUCUGGAAGUGCUGAAAGUUGUUGUGGAACCUAGUGGGGCAAUAGGCCUUGCUGCUGUUCUCUCUGAUAGUUUCAAGCAAAACCCUUCAUGGAAAGAUUGCAACUGCAUUGGCAUUAUACUUUCAGGAGGUAAUGUUGAUCUUGGCAUUCUAUGGAAUUCAUACAAAAAAUGAAGCUCGAUUCUCAAUUCUUUAAUACGCAAGGGCAGAGUUGUACGACCUACAGAAAAAAUCAUGUUCAAGUAAGGUCGUAGUUCGAUUCUCGAUUCUCGAUUGCUUCUGGUUUUAUUUGAUUUUCCAUUCCUUGGGAGACUUGUUUCCAAUCCUUGCUUUGAUGAUGUGAAGCAAAUAUUGUAUAGUUGCUUCCUGCAGGUUGCAACUUCUUUUUAUGUUUAGACUGAUGCUUUCUUGUUUGAUAGAUUGCUUCUAUGAUGGAAAAUGGAGUUUGACAUGCAACACUGUGGACUUAAAAUGACUUCAAUUCCAUGAAGAAGUCAAUUAGUUGUGAACUA